CCACGGGAUAAGUGUGCCCGGGCAUAAGGCUAGUCACAUGACAAUAUUUACGUGUCAUGUCACUGUGAGAUAGGUUUCGCAGCGAUUGAGUGGUUGAAAAGUACAGGAUUACAAUGUCAGCUCCACCACCAUACUACCCUCCAGGCCCCGGACACCAGGGAGGUUAUCAGGUACCACAGGCUUACCAGCAAGGUCCUUAUCCAAUCACAACUCCUCCUCAACCAGGAUAUGCACCCAGUUAUCAUGAAGGAGCUCCACCAGGUUACCAACCUUUGCCAGCAAAUGUGCCUCCAACAGCGUAUGUCUAUAUUCGAGGGAACUGCCCAGCAUGCCACACAGGAACACUUGAGGACAGUUACACUGCUCUUGGAGUUUGCUUAGCCAUCUGCUUCUUCCCUAUUGGUAUUGUCUGUUGCUUGAUGCUCACUGAAAAGAGAUGUAACCACUGUGGAAUGAGUUUCACAUAAAUCAGCCAUGUGUACAGCAAAGCACACUUUUUUAGAUUGGUAUAAAGCCAAAAAUAUUGUCUUAUUUGUAUUUAUGAUUAUAGCCAAGGGUAUACCUCUGAUAGUAGCUAUGAUUGUUCCUUAUCUCAACACAUUUUCCAGGACUUGACAGCAGCUCCAGAGAAGAGUGCUGGGAAAUGAUAAUAAUUUUAAGGGAUUAUAUUCUGUAGUUCCCAGGUAGAGUUGAAACAGUAUACGAGGAAGCAAGUUCACAUGCACAGUAUACUGACUCCAUUUUUCAGUAACAUCAGAAAAAGCAAUUGUCCUUAGAAGGACAAGAUUUUUUUCAAAAAAACAAGAAGGUGGUAAUGGGUUUAUAUGUGAUGUGUGAUUAACUCUUUAACUCCUAGGAUCUGAUUGAUAAUUCUCCCCUCUAGCUGCUACACAUUUCCUUGUAAAAUAGCUGCAAGAAUUUGGUGUUAGAUCAAGAUAACAGCUUAACUUGAUAAGUUUGUGUAUUCUUAUUACCUGCUUGUUGGAUAAUGUAUGGUUAUUAGAGGGAGAAGUCACAUUUUAAUCACUUCUGGGUCACACUUUAAUCACUUCUGAGAGUUAAAGGGCUAAUUACGACCAAAAUUAAUAUUUGACUUGGGAAUUUUACAUAAAGGUGAGAGGGAUUUGUGAAUUUUGUAAACCAGUAUGAGGCAUGAUUUGCCUCUUUAAAUUAAAGUCAUGUGUGAAUUUUUUCUUUCAUUUUUUGAUAUUUAAUCUUAAGAUUUCUGUGAAACCUAGGACAAUUAAGAAGAGCAAGUUUUAACUUGAAAUUUCUAUGCAUGCUACCCUCAAACAAGUAGUUGUUCAUGCUGAUGAACAUGUAAUUUAAAUGUUUUUGGCAGGAAUUGAUACAAUGGCAGUUCAAAUUAAUAUAACUAACUUCGGAGUGAGUGUCACUUUCCUUCAUGAACUUAAGUUAUAAUAAGUAAAAUGUACAGUUAUUGAGCAGAAUUUAACUCCAUCAUGGGAGUAAUUUUACAAUGUUAUAGUUUGUGAAACUAUAAAAUAAAAAUAUAUCGUAACAGUGUCUAACAAAUCCAAUGUAAAAAAGAGUUCUAAAUACACU